CCGCCUCGGCAUGGUUCGGAUCCUGCUCCCGACGUGCUGAGUGGCCCCCUCUCCUGCUUGGAUGUCGUUGCCCCGAGGCCUUCUUGACCUGAACGCACACCCCCAUGGCCGCGAUCCAAUCACGUUGGACUCUGGCUGAACAUGCGCCGUAAUAAGGAGAACAAGGUUCAUCAACAGUAGGAUCAUUCCCGUGGACGCCUGUCUGAGUUCGAAGGGCAUGACAUGGCCGAUAUGGGGCUCCAACUUGAGCCCAUCUCUCAGGGUCUGGAGCAGUACGGACCAUGGCACUUCGCAGACGUUCGAUUCCAGCAGGACCAUCGCGCCGAGCUGCAAGCGGCGCUGUUGCAGACGGCAGCGAUCAGCGAGCUGAGCGACACUCUUCGAGAGAUCUCGAAAGCGGGGAGAGCGGACUGUCACAGUUCCUCUCGCCCAGAAGUGACACUGUCAGUAUUACGGGAGCCAGAGCCUACGGCAGAGAAGUCUUCCCGGCGCAGCUCACCCGGGGGUUGCACUUCGGACGCUGCAACAAACGAAAUCGGUCGUUCCCUCUUUCCCAGGAUUCUCCACCCGUCCCUGGGUUUCCGUCAGGUCGUCCCCUCCGGCGAGGAUGUCGUGACAUUCCCAUUCUCAGCGCCGCCCUCGCGCCCCGGGUCGUUCCUCAAGCGUCGGCGGCCCGCCACGGACGUUGACGGUCCCGGCACCUACUCCCUAAGCCGCAAGAAACGCCGGCUGUUACGACACCUAAUUACCUCGCGGCUCUCCCAACCUUUCUCUCUUCCAGCAACCCACAUCCUCAACCGGGAAUCCGUCGCAACAGGCGACAAACGGUUUAUCAAGCUCGCCGCCAUCAUGUCAGCGAGGCGAGGAUUCAACAGCACCGUGACGACGCAGCCUCACUCUCCAUUGCCACAGCCCCAGCAACCGAGUCCGUCGACCUGGCUCCGGCGGGCCGCUGUGCUCAACAGCCUACGAAGCCGGGUCCGCGCCGAAGUGGUGGAGAGGGGCCACGUUCAGGUUUCCGACCUCGCGGCCAAAGCAGCUGUGUUCCAGCAGGGCCAUGGCAACUCGGUGUUCGUAGGCGGGCGAUAUCUCAUCACAAUGACGACGCCGUCGGUGGCAGCGCCAAUGACGCCCGGGCCACGCGGAGUGUCACAGCCCUCCUCCUCUGGCUGCCCGCCACCAACACUACCACCACCACCACCACCACCACCUGGCAGCCUGCAAUCACCACCCGGCCUCCGGCUCCAGCCCGGUAGUAUCCACGUGCCGAUGGCCGGAGGCCCGCCACCGACGUGUGCCACCACCUGUCUGCGCAUUCCCAGCCCCAAGCUGCGGCCGCUCCGCUCGCCGGAGCUGCGGGUGACGAGGCCGCUUGUGCCGCUCGAGGAUAUUGAGGAGCUCGACGGCGACGACGACGGCGGCGGCGGUGUGGCCUUCCCGACGUCGGAGCACGAGAGCCGGUACGAGGACGAGCCGUCAGACGAGGUGUAUGCCGAUUUCAGCGUCAUCUUUGGUGGGGCAGACGGAGAGGACUCGGACGAGGAGGGGGGUGGGGGUGAUCACUUCGAGGAUUAUAUGGACGAUCUGGAUGGCAUACCUUGGAACGCCCGUUGCUGAUGACGGCUAGGAGCAGUACUGUGUGAAGGUGCUGUUCUAUUGAUUCCAUGCGUGGGGCGGCGACAUUGCAUUGCAUUUUUACACAAUUGGAGGCACCUUAUCACAACUUGGAGUUUCA